AGAGGUUCGGUUCCAGGACCACCCUUAAAGCCUGACCCGGGUAGACCCACCUGACAGAGCCCUGAGUGCAGCGCAGCCGCACCUGGAGAACGAUCCUGGAGUCCAGGGCCGAGGGAAAACCGCUGGAAUGACAGGUUUCUUCACGAUGACAACACGGAACAUAUCUCGCUUUUGGGAGUGGGGCAGGAAGAUUAUUGGCGUUGGCCGAAAUUAUCCAGACCACACAAACAAGCUCAACUUCCCGACUCUCACAGAACCCCUGUUGUUCCUGAAGCCCACCUCUGCCUAUAUCAGAGAGGGCUCCCCGAUCCUGGUGCCCCGGUACACCGACAACGUGCACCAUGAGGUGGAAUUAGGGGUGGUGAUUGGGAAAGGGGGCACAGCCAUCGCCCAGUCUGCUGCCAUGGAGCACGUCGCAGGGUACGCCCUGGGCUUAGACAUGACAGCAUUUGGGCCCCUGCAUGAGUCCAGGGCCAAGGGUCUGCCCUGGACCCUGGCCAAAGCCUUCAACACCUCCUGUCCUAUCAGCGACUUCAUCCCCAAAGAUCGGAUCCCUGACCCCGGGAACCUCAAUCUGUGGUUGAAGGUCAACGAUCAGCUGCGGCAGAGUGCCUGCACCUCCGACAUGAGAUUCUCCGUCCCUUAUCUCAUCAGCUACAUCAGUGACUUCAUCACCCUGGAGGAGGGGGACCUGAUCCUGACCGGCACCCCGGAUGGACUCUCCCCGGUUCAGGAGAACGAUGAGCUGGAGGCUGGGAUUGAAAACAUAGUUACAAUCCGGUUCAGAGUAGAUAAAGAAAAGUCAUAGUUGAAACUAAAUGGUACCAAAGUCGAGGCAAGAGGUCGCAGAUUACACACAGCUGGAUUAGGAUUAUCUGUUACAAAACUUAAUCAUAAAGUAGGAUUUGAAGAGUAUUGGUAGAAGCUUUUUUAAGGCUGGCUUUUGAGUGAAGUUUUCAGUUUUUGCAUCAAUGUUUUAUAUUUGAACAUUAGUGUCAUGCUGGUUACUGUGGAGGACAUACAGUACUUUUUCACUACUUUGCAUAUUUGGGUGCUGGGAACUUUCCAAGAAUAUACUCAACAAAUCUGUUCAGAUGGCAGGACGAGUGGGGAGUAAAUGAUUAGAGUUAUUCACAUUAGCUGCUGGUCGUUUACAGUAUGUGUUAGAGAAAAACAAAACAAAAAAACAAACACAACCAUCAUGAAUGCAACCAGUUUAAUAGGUAAUGCAACAGCCAACACACUGCACUAAAGCACACACUCCUAAAAUAUGGAACAAAAAAGAAAAACAUGAACUGCUAUCCUACUUUUCCCUACUACAUGAAUGCGUUUUGAACAUCUGUAAAAUAAAUGAAAUAAACUCUUCUUCUAUGAUUCAACCG